AUGAAGAAACCAAAUUCCAAAUUACGUUAUGACUACUUUCAAAAGAUCUUCAAGAAAUUUCAUGAUAAUAAACCUAAAGUUCCCCCCUUGAAUAAUUAUUCAACUUCGAAAAGAAUUUAUCAUGCAAGAUAUGAUACAGAAAAUAAAGACAAUAAUGAAGACGAUCAACGUUCAGAAGAUGAGAAGGCAUUCAGUGAAUCCUAUCUUUCACAAUUUCUUCAAAUUGAUGAUGAAGAACUUGAAUCAAUGACAGAAUCUCAUGCCAAAUUACUUUCUAGCCUAGAUGAUACACCUCCAGAAGGUAUAUACCUGGGUAAUGGUAUAGUAUUUGUUGGAGGUGGAUCAUUCAAUUGGUUGACCUUAUUAUCUGUAAAGUCUAUUCGAGCCUUAGGAUCAGAGAUGCCAAUAGAAAUUCUUAUUCCAAAACUUGAUGAAUAUGAAUUAGAUAUUUGUGCAAGAAUUUUCCCAGCUUUAAGUGCAAGAUGUAUUUAUUUACCUUAUGCAUUGAGUGAUCCAGAUGCAUCAGAUUCUGAAGCAGAAGCAGAUAUUAUUUCAAAAUUUGAAUUUAAAGGGUAUCAAUAUAAAGCCCUUGCCAUUUUACUUUCAAGUUUUGAAAAUGUCUUACUUCUUGAUAGUGAUAAUAUUCCUGUUCACCGACCAGACUAUUUAUUUUCUAGUGAACCAUUUACUAAUAAUGGAUUAAUUGUAUGGCCCGAUUUUUGGCGACGUGCAACUUCACCAUAUUAUUAUAAAAUUGCUGGAAUACCUAUUAGUAAGACAGAAGUAUUACCUAAGUAUGAUGAAGUUAAUGGAGCUUAUGUUCCAUAUGAUGCUCCACCUUAUGAAGGAGGCGAUGAUCAUGAACAUUUAAAUCUUGACAGAAUUCCAUUGCAUCAGAGGAAAGGUGCAAUUCCUGAUCCAACAUCAGAAUCGGGUCAAUUAAUGAUUUCUAAAUCGACACACAGUAAAGCAUUACACCUUGCAUUAUAUUACAAUUUAUAUGGUCCAAACUACUUUUAUCCACUUUUUUCACAAGGAUCUGAUGGAGAGGGUGAUAAAGAAACAUUUUUAGCAGCUACUGUAGCAGUAGGAAAACCAUUUUAUCAAGUUGCUAAAUUUCUUAAUGCAUUUGGAUAUUUUAAUUCGAAAAAUGAAUUCGAAGGUACGGGAAUGGGCCAGUAUGAUCCUGUAGAGGAUUAUGAAUAUAAUCAACAACGUCAAUUAUAUCAAAACAAUUUAAAGCAAUGGGAAGUUCUUAAAACUAAAGAUCAUUUACUUAAAAAUGGACCUAGAAUAUUAUUUGUUCAUGCUAAUUUCCCUAAAUUAAAUCCCUGGAAAUUAAAGAGUGAGAAAAAGAUAAUUGAUAGUAAGGGAAAUAGAUUAAGAUUAUAUGGAACAGGGAUGAAAGUAAGAACUGGUUAUGAUUUUGAAUUUGUUCAAUGGUCAAAUAUGAAAUUCUUAUUAUGUGAUCUUAAAAUUGAAUUAAUAACCUUUAAAGGAGUUGAUAGAGUAGACCUUUGUAAAGAAAUUCAUGAACAUCUACUAUUUUUAAAAUCAACCAUGUCCUCCAUGGAAUGA